ACCGCUCCGACCUCCCCUGUCCAAGCUUGAAAGACAAACCGUUCCAACUUUUCGCAAUCGUCUCUUUCAUUUGGGUUUUCCCUCUUCCCCCCGCUGUAGUUCGCAAACACCCCCUCCCCAUCAAGUACCAUCCUAGUUGUCAACGGUCUCCAGUCGCAGACGCAGGUGCCAUCUUGUCGUCAUAUCCAAGGAACAUUGCUCGACAGCCUGCCUCUUCCACUCCAGCUCGUCAACCAGCACACGCGUCUACUCUUAACCUCUCCGUCUCUUUGCCUAAGACCUUCUAUCAAAAGGUACAAUAGCCUCACGCUUCACCCCCCCCCUCUGUGCUCAGUCUCGCACUCCCCCCAUAUAGCCUCGUCUUUAAAUCACCACGCCCCCCCUUCUCGCGGCCCUGUCUCACCAAGUACACACAGACAUUGUAAAGAUCAAGCAAACUUCAUUAGGGUUCGAUAAAGCACCAGCGCCAGCCAAGCUCUCAUAAAGCCCGCAUCAACAUAUCCCACAGACGUCCUGCACUCUGCUCUCGCGCCUCUCUUUCUCUCAACUUGUUCUUUUCUUUUUCUUUUUCCCACAGACUGGAAAGAAGCGCCAACCGCAGCAGCAUCACAGACAACCAUACCCGUUUACCACUGCGCCAGAUACCCAACCCGUCGGACCCGACAUCUUCGUCGUAUCAAUCAUCUCACCUUUUUCUUCUUCUCUCUGUUCCAUAGCGACAAAGGGAAAAAGCUACAGCAAAAAAAAACAGUCAGACUCCGAUUUGAUCCAAAUUCUAACAAAACAACAAACCCAAACACAACACAAUGGCGCACAACGCCGCAGUCAUCGGCUCCACCGGCCUCGUGGGCUCCCACAUCCUCGGGAACCUCAUCACCUCGGAAGCCUUCGCCGCCGUCAACACAAUCUCCCGUCGGCCCCCCAAAGCCGGCGGCCUGACCCUCAAGCCCGUCAUCGAGCAGGACACCUCGGCCUGGCCCCCCAAGCUCGCCGCCCUGCAGCCCACCCCCACCGUCGUCUUCUCCGCCCUCGGCACCACCCGCGCCGCGGCCGGCAGCAUCGCCGACCAGUGGAAGAUCGACCACGACCUCAACGUCGAGCUCGUCAAGGCCGCCAAGGCCGCCGGCUCCAAGGCCUUCAUCUUCAUCUCGAGCGGCGGCACCCGCGGCGCGCUGAGCGCCCAGGCGCCCUACAGCAAGAUGAAGAACGGCGUCGAGGAUGCGAUUAAAGAAGCCGGGUUCGACCACGGCAUCAUCCUCAAGCCGGGCCUGAUCUUGGGCGCGCGCGAGGAGAGCCGCGCCGGCGAGGGCGUGUUCCAGUCCGUCGUGCGCGGGUUGGGCAUGCUGCACCGGGGAGUGCAGGAUACGUUUGGCCAGGAGGCCGAGGUGAUUGCCCGCGCUGCCGUGCACGCCGCCGUCCUCGUCGAGCAGGGCAAGGCGCCUGCCGGUCUGUGGGUCAUUGAGGCGCCCGAGAUUGUGAGGCUUGGGCGGACCGAGUGGAAGCACGGCGCCUGGCCCCGGUCUUAGGUCUCGGGGAGGUUCAGACGGGUGUUUGUCAGUGGCACCCAGAGAGCCAAGGUCAAACCUUCUCAAGAGGACAAGUACGCCCCUCGUCGAAAUCGUUCUUUUCCUCUCCUGGUCUCACGCCAUCUGUCUUGUCUUGCGGGAUGUUUCGGUGGUAUCACGGCGUCCCGGCCCGGGGCUACACUCUGCUUGUGGCCCAAUGGCUUCUUUAAUCGUGGUUACGGCGACGCAGAGACACAGGUCACGGGUAUCGCGGAUGAUGGGUGACAAACGGUUCGGGUGGAAAAAAGCUUGUUUCGUGUGGAAUCACGAAUUUUGUCUUUAUCCGUUGUCAGUGGGAACGUUGAGAGACGAGGCCGUCAGCAACAUCGUGAUGCUUUUGUUUUCCUUUUCCCCUUGUUGAUAUUGUCGGAUUUGAUUAGUUUUGCUGGAAUUUGUUGAUAUCCCCUCUUGUGUAAGAAAAUACCACCCAACUGUCUUAGAUAAACGAAGAAAGUUUGCGUCCAG